CUGGUCAGGUGUCAACUGUCAGGAUGAACCAAAUUAUUGUAAAGGCCAUCAAUGCGCCUCUGGUUCUACGUGUAUCAACAACGUAGCUUCAAGGAAUUACACGUGCUCGUGUGCUCAAGGCUUUUCUGGAAGGUUGUGUGGCCAAUCUGAGAGUCUUACUACAUACAAUGAAAACCAAGGAUGCUGUUUUGUUUCCCUUUUUACAGAAGAAAGUUGUUCUUGUCUGCACAAGUGUGAAGCCCUACAAACUGAUUCUAUCAAUAUGGACAAUGUGACAUGUACCACGGACAGAGACAUGGAUACCAUGGUAUGUAAGAUCAACUGUAGGCCGGGCUACAUGCUUGACCGUGAUGUCCAACUCAUCUGUGGUCUUAUAACUGAUUACACAUGGUCACACGUCACGAAACACAACCCGUUGGGCUGGCUUCCUGAAUGUGUGGAUGCUUCGUCUGUGACGUUGAGAACUUUCAAAAUGGAAGUCAGGAUGAAAACAAGAAACAUAACUCUUGUAAAAGCAGCUAUACAACGAAAUACCCACAAACUAAUAUUUGAAAAAUGCCGCUACUGCACGAAAGAGGUUUCCAUUAUGAAUGAAGAGCCCCUUGUUGUGAGCAUUGCUGUGUCUGCCACCUCGCCAAACAUUCUGUCAAGUACAGCAACAGAUGAAGAAACAAGGACAGUUAUUCAAAGGAUGAAAGAAUUUGAUGACGUCUCCUCCCUGCUGUACCUCAAAUCAAGCGAGAUUUUCAUUACUAACAUUGACAAUAAGAUCGUGGAAGUAGUCCUUUCAACUCUUGACACAUCAGUCAGCCAUAUUUGUCCAGUUGGGACCAAGUUUUAUCAUGAAGUUUGCGUGAGCUGUGGACGAGGCACGUAUUGGGAAAAUGGAGAAUGUAAGCUCUGCCCCAUUGGUUACUACCAGCCCAGCUUGAGGAGAAGCUGUUGUUACCUGUGUCCAGUUGGCAAAAGUACGGCAGGGCUUGGGGCUCGAUCCAAGUUAUACUGUAUUGCCGAGCCUCAAAGUCUUUACCCCUGGGAACUGGGCUAUUGGAAUGAUGACGAUGACAAAAAUGUAACGGCAGUGACAAUUGUUGGCGUUUGUCCCGAUGCAGAACCUGAUGCAGAAGAAGGAAACUUAAAAAUAAUUACCAUCGUGGCUUUCCUUUUAGUCCUGGCUAUUAUAUGUGCUGCUGUUUUAUGUGCAUUAAGACUCCGUUCCAAGCCCCAACCACCAAAGCCGGAAAAAGUCCCAGAAGCUGUAACUGCUGCCAUUGAGAGCUGGGUCCCGUCGACGUCGGGUGAAUCUACGAUCUAA